AUGGCCGCCACCGAUGGCCAAAUCAUACUGGCCGCCUCCCGCUUCGGCGAUGCCACGCCCGUCUACCUGCGCGACUUCUCCAAGCAGCCGCUGCCGGCGGUGGCCAAGAUCCUCAAGGGCCAGCACCAGGCCCUUGGGGUGCCCACCCUUUCGGCGCCGUCGCUCCAGAGCACCGCUCUGUUUCUGAGCGCCGGCAAAAAAUAUCAAAUCCUGGCGCAACCCAUCAAGAUCAAGGAGGGACGUAAGCCUACGAAUGUGGGUGCUAAGGUCCUCAUCCCAGAGACCUAUGGCGGCUAUUUCGAGCUCCUCAGCGAGGACGGUCGCUCCACGCGAUGCAUUGACUCGGUCCUGGAGUUGUCACGCCGAAGGAAUGCCCGUGUCCUUGUCCGCGAGACCUUUCGCUGCCAGCAAAUGAACCGAACCAUUCAUGCCGGUGAACUGCUGACCACCAUGAACGACAACGGGAAGUACCUGCAGUGUCGGAACAUCAAGGACGAGAUCAUCAAUCUGCCACUCGAUACCAAAGCCAAGUUCUCGCCCAUUGCACGCGAGGACAGCAUCAGCGGUGUGCACACCGUCAAGAAUCUCCUGCUCAAAAGGAUGCCGGUCAUAGUGAGACUCGUCCACGGCAGUGCGCCCAAGGGCUUGAAGCAACCCUUUGUCCCUGAACUCCGCCUCCUUGGCUGCGUGGAGAUCGACAGGAUCUUCGCUUUGCCACUGCAAAAGGACACGGAUCUGGUGCCAGUGCCCCUCAAUGCCAAGAUCAAGCUGCAGCGGGCCAAGAACAUGGAGCAGCUGGAGCACUUUAUCGAGUACACACGCUUUCUGGACAAGGCCCAGCGCCUGCUGGCGGAUGCACGCGAUCGCCUCCAGAUCGUGGAUCUCAAGCUGAGCGAGAAGGAGAAGAAGGACUCCAAGUUCAGCAGUCGCAAUGGCGGUGGCGGAGGACGCCUGCCUGUGGUGAUGCUGCCCUCGGCGGCGGGCGUGGCCAGUGGCUUGGCGGAGAGUGGCUAUGUGCUGCGCAAGAGUGCCUCCUGCGACUCCUGGUCAAAGCAGCAGCAGCAGGCACUGAGCAGCAGCGAGAUUGCCGAGGAGUAUAACGAGAUCGAUCAUAUCUAUGAUUAUGUGCGCGGUCUUACGCCGCUCUCGAAGGGCUUGGCCCGGUUCGAGCCCAUCUGCGAGUCGCCCACGCUGCGCUCCCAUCACACGGACAGCGGCAGUGGCAACUACUGCAGUCUGAUCCGGGCGCCAGUGCAUCCCGGCCAGCAGCAGCAGCAGGCCACCACCUCGGGUAACAACAACUACAGCAGCCUGGAGUCAAACAAGCACAGCAGUAGUGGUGGUCAUACUGGUCAUCACCACCACCAUCAUCUGGUUAACCACUACCAUCAUGGCCAUAUUCAAGAGGACAUCAAGCCGGUGCCGCCGCCCAUCGAGACGAUACCCGGCAAGAAGCCGGCCGAGAAGCGCCAGCGUCCCACUCUACCAAAGCUUUACAUCAAGAAUGCCCACAGUGCUGGGAGCAGCAGCAAUGGCAACUCCACGGGCACCAGUCACAGUCACACGCACAGUCACAGUCACAGUCACAGCCAUAGUCACAGUCAUAUCCACACCACCCACAACAGUCACAGUCAGCAGCCGCCAACUCCCAAUGGGAAUACAGCCAACGCGGUGGCCAAUGCAGCGGCAGCCGCUGUGGCAGCUGCUCAUCACGCCUCCCAUGGUUCGCAUCCGCAUCCACAUCCGCAUCCCCAUCAUGGCAAGGUGCUGACGCCCAACAAUCAUCUGCCGAGCAAGGAACAGGCACUGGAGCCGCAGUCGCCGCUGUUUCACAUCAGGUACAAGAGUCUCAGCAGCCUACAGCUGACGCCGGACAACAACAACUGCUCCUCCGUGACGCCGCCGACGAUCUCAGCCCACGGCAAGUCAUCCGCAACAGGAGUAGGACCGGGAACAGGACCAGGAGUUGGAGCUAAUGGAACCCCUGCCACGCCGGGCACACCACCCGAUGUGGUGCUCAAGUGCGGUAGCAUUCUCAAUGUCCACGGCUACCUGUCGACACCGCAUCCUUUGCCCCUGCCACUGCCCCUGCCCCAUAGUCGGAGUUCCAGCAGCAACAAUCAUCACAAUCCACGUGAGGGCACCCUGGACUCAUCGCGCAGCGGCGGACGGACAUCCGGGGACUCGAACAAGCUGCCCGAGAAGAAGACCCGCCGCCUGUCCCGGCCGAGGAGUCUGUCCAACCUGGUGUGGGAUCUGCGGCCGUCGAAGGAGAAGUCAAAGAAGAAGCUCUACAUCCAUCACUUUGACCAACGGCAGCAGGCGACGCUGUAUCUGUAGGAUGGAUGUGGAUUUGACUUCAGGACGAGCAAGUGGCACCCAUGAUGAUCACCAAUGAUGACGAUGAGGAGGAGAAAGAGGAUAAUGAGGAUGAGUUGCCAACUCGUUUCUAGCUGCCAUCGACCCCCACAACAACAACAACAACAAACACAAUAACAACAACAACAAAUACAGACAGAGACAGUAACAGAGGAAAACUGAAACAAAAUAAGCCACAAAUAAAAAAAAGAAGAGCAACUUAAAUAUCCGGCACGCUGUGUGUGUUCCUGCAGCUUUCACCGUUUAGCUUGCAGCAGCAAUUUUAAUUAACAUUGAAUUGUGCCUUUCCCUGCUAUGCCCAGAAUUGUAGAGAGAUUUAUAGAGAGAGCAAAGAAGGAUGACAAAAAUAAAAAUAUUUAAAGAGAAUAUUUUUAAUGGAUGGAUCCCCAAAAAAAAUACAAAUAAAUGCUGCCAGCACACACACACAUGCAGUUAUAACAAGGACAAUAUAGUGAAUAAGAUGAGUAACGGCAUGCGAUUUUUAAGGAAAUUGUUGGUUGCUUUAACGCAUCUUGUUCUUUAUAUUGUUUUUGCUUACACAACAACCAACCACACACACAUACACACACACACACACACACACACAACACAUCAAGUCUAUAAAAUUGUGAUUUUAAUUUAAUGUUUAAUUUAAUUAUUACUGCGAACCAUACUUUCUAUAAUUAAAUGAAAAGCCAUUUAAAGCGAUUCAGUCAAACUUCACAAAACGGAAAACGAACUCUUAAAUUCCAUAAACAAAAAUUAGUUGUCUAUAAACGAGAUACUUAGCUUAUAAAUGAUAAAAAGUGUAACUAAUAGUAAGCACUAUAUGAAUAUAUGUAUUAUCAAUCAACCAUAUAUCAAUCAUUUAGACAAUGUUAUGCAAAAAAAAAAAAAAAAAAACGAAUCAACACACAAGCAACUAAAUCUAGCUAAAAUGAAUUUAUAAAUUAAUGUAAUGAAUUUCCUCCUCAUAAUUUAAAUGUUGUGCAAAUCUGUGUUGAUAAACGAACAGCUCUUGUUUAGUAAUUAAUUUGCUCAGAGCCCCGCGCGAAAUCCCCCUGACAAACCAACCCCCCAGCUCGCAAUCGCAUUGUCUUAGUCGUUUAGUAUGUACAUUUUAGUUGUAUUAUCCAGCUUAUAUGGCCUAUAAAUAGGGAGUAUAUAACUUACAUUAUACAUAUAUAUAUAACUAUAAUAUAUAACUUGUAUUUGUGUCUAAAUAAAUGUCUCAGAAAAAUAAAUGUAUAUGCAAAAAAACAA